AUGGAUUUAGAAAGAUUUGAGAAUUAUCCUUGGGGGAGAGUGGUGUUUAAGGUGCUGAUGGAGUCUAUGAAGGGUGUAAAUUUGGAUUCAAAUUCAUUCACUGUUAAUGGGUUUGGUCAAGUUCUCCAGGUGUGGGCGUACUUUGCUCUGCCAGAAUUUGGUGCUAAUUUUGGGCACCCCUUACCAGACAGACUGCCUCCGCUGUUGCUGGCUUACAAUGGUGGCAAAGGACGCAGAUUUUUUAAAGAGGCCAUUAGCAAACAGACUAGCGUGAUCAACUUCGUCCACAAGGACUAUGCUGAGAUGUUUCCACGAUGGGACUUUAAUGUGGAGGACCUGGCCGCGGAGAACAUAAUUAAAGUCAUGUUUAAUGCGAAAGCUAAUUGGAAGUGGACCAUGGAUUGCUGGGAAGUCACCGGUACUAAACCCGAGAGUGAAGAAGGAAGGUUUUCAAAGUCAGAAGCUUCUACGUCUAUUGGUGGGAUGACCAAGGAGCAGACUGAAAAAAGCUUCAAGGACAUAGCUGAUGUCAUGAGAGAUGGGUUUGGGAUGUGCGUGAAGGAGAUCAAGUUGCUGGGGGAUAGGAUGGAAGCUAGUGAAAGUGUGAAUGGGGCGAAAGCAGGACAAAAUGACCCCCAGGAACCGAGUUCCUCGAAAGACCUGAGUCUUGUGAUAGCAAAUGAGCCCGAGGAGAAACCUCCAGAACAGAGUGGUGAACCUAGCCUUCUUGUAUUGGACAAAGAAGUACCCACUGAUUCAGAUUUACAGAGAAGGCAGAUAAAGAGGAAUGCUGCUAUGGUACAUGUCCGUGGAAAGAGUGAGCGAGCAAGGAAACUUGCUGCCUCACAGCAAACUCCUUUUAAGGGAAACAACACUGUCAAAGUGAUCAUUCCAAACAAAAGGGUUGGCCAAGGCUAUGAUCCUUUUGCACCCUUUGACAAGAAGAUGUCGAAGGUGCUCACUGACUGGGUGAAACUUGAUCCUUAUUUUAAAACACCUAUGGCCAAAAAACCACGUAGAUGUCCAAGUCGGUUUUAUUUCACCCUCCGAACCCCCUUAGAAUGGUUGAACGACGGUCAUAUGGAUGCUUUUAUUAAUGUACUGAGGCAACGGUACCAAGAUAAUCCACAUCAUUUAAGGAGUGAGAGACUGUGCCUUCUUGAUCAUGUAUUUUCUCAUCAGUGGUCCCACCAUUACCCGAAAUUUAAGAGCGACGAGGGCGACAUCAACGGCUUAGGAAGAAGACUCCCUGGUGGGGCGUGGAAUUAUCACGCAGGCAUUGUACCAUCAUUUUGCCAAUCUAUGAAGGUUUGGGGGUUGGAUGAGGAUGAUAUUUAUGCGCCAGUGAACUUCAUGAACGAGCAUUGGAUUGCUAUUUGGAUAUCGAUCCCUAAGAGGAACAUAGUCGUCUGA